AUGAAUUCAAAAACUUGCCUCAUCUUCUUCUUCUCUUCUCUAGUAAUCACAAAUGUGGCCUUAGCGCAAGACCGAGCUCCUCACGGGUUGGCUUAUGAGACCCCAGUGGCGUUUUCACCUUCUGCAUUUGACUUCUUUCACGUACAGCCAGAUGCAACUUUAGACCCUUGCUCUGAAGAAUCUGGCUGCUCGCCUCUCCCCAUGGCUUCUGCAAAAGCACAGGAGAGUGAAAUAGUGACAAUGUCAACUGGUUCUAGAAGCGGAGUAGGAGCUGGUGGUUUUGUUGUGAGCAUCUUUGGACUUGUGUUGGCCGUACUAAUGUGA